CUUUGGAUCCUUCAACGAGAUCAUGCGAGCCGCUUGAAAAAUAGCAUCAAUAUAUAUGAAUUACUGUUAACUUAGUAAUUAAUUUCUUGUUGCAUCAAAUAAAUAGAAAUACAAUUGCAUUCAAAUUAUUAAUUUAUCUAUUAUAACUUUCAAACUGUCAAUGAAAAUGUCAUAUUUUAUUGAAAACUGCGUAUAAACUUAUUGCGCAACAGCUGAAUUUUACUUCAAUCCUACACCGUGCUUUAAUCUGACAUAUGGAGUGGCGACUGCAUAGAGGAAAGGCCAAGAAUUGUUGUAUCCCAAUCAAAUCUAUAACGUCUAUAAUAGAAUCAUCAUAAAACAUUUGUAAUAAAAGUACUAAAUGCUUUUAGAAACAAAAUUUUUAAACUUAAAAUUUUUUUAAAGUAAUUAUAUUGCGCUAUAAGUUCGAUAUGCAAAAGAGUAAUAAUAAAAAUUCUUAAUAAUUAUUAAAUAUGUAUUAUUUUAAAUGAAUGAAGUUUUUGUUCAAAGUUAAAACAAAUUCAUUGUUACUGUCACGGUAAUCCAUUUUAUUUGAAGUACAAUGACGAAAAUUUGUAGAGCUUAUGGAAAGUUAAUUCAGAGUAUAAUACGCCAUCCUUUGAAUAGUGAAUCAUAUUGAAAUAAUGCAAUCAGAAUAAUAUGACAGUUAUACGCAUAACAAAAAUGUUUUGUUUAUUGAUACAUUGAUAAAUUAGUUAUCUUUCAGUGCUAUUGAUAUUACACAAUACUUGCAAAUAAUCUGGUUAUUUUAUAAUUAAAAACGUCAAGAAAAUAAGUAGCAGAGUCAGCCAUGUUUUGGAGGUUACAUUGAUUAAUACCGAUACAUUUAUUUAGAAAUUAUCAGAUAUAAAAAAUAAGCGGUAUAUCUUCUGAUGAUUAAAGCUGUAUACAAGUAAAAAUAAAGUAUAAUUAUGUAAUGAUUUUUAUAUUCUACAUUUUUAAUAUACAUUCCAUAAUUGAUAAUCCAAUAUGAGACUGAAAACAAAUUGAUAAAUUAAAAGAAAUCACAAUGAAUGGAAUCACUGGACAGUUUAGAAAAACAACAUGGGAUCCAAUUCUCAUCAUAUCCCAAAUCAUAGCGGUGCAGUGCAUUAUGUAUUUCAUAUUAGGAGUAUGGAUUAUGAUGAUAGCAGAAUUUUUAGGAACAACAAAAUCUCUUGACUAUGCAUUUCAAUACAAGGAAAUUCAUGUUCGUGAUUUUGGUGGUUAUCUAUUAAUAAUUGUUUUUAUAUUGAAUUCAAUUGUUGGUGCAAUAGCGUUAUGGUAUCUGGUACAAAGGACAAAACAAUGCAUGGACUUUGCCUGUACAGCACACUUGAUACAUCUUCUUUGUUGUUGGAUGUACAAUGGUACUUUUCCAACAACUUUCAGCUGGUGGUGUUUAAAUAUUGUGACUACAAGUAUAAUGUGCGUAUGUGGUGAAUUUUUGUGUAUGAAAACUGAGCUGAAAGCCAUUCCUCUUGGUAUGAGUAGCCAAAAAACAGCAUUGUAACUACAUAGAAAAAUGCUAUCUUUUCCUUUUGUUCACGAGAGAAUUAUUUAACUUUAUUUAAACAAAUUGAAACAAUAGAUUUUUAAGUUUUUUUUGUGAUUAUUUGUAUUAGCUAGAUGAAAUAAUGUAGUUGGUGUUAUUUACUGAUUUGUAAUAAAAAUAUUAUUCUUAUACAAAUAAACAUUGCAUACUCUUAUAUCUUUAGGUUUUAAGGAUUAAUACAACACAUGUGCA